AUGGAUCUGGCCACGGGGGCCAUGGGCAGCCUCCUCCUCAAGCUCGGCGACCUCCUUACGGAUGAGUACAAGCUGCAGGCCGGAGUCAAGGAAGACGUCCAGUACCUCAAGAGAGAGCUGACCAGUAUGUACGCCGCCCUCCGCAAGGUCGGGGACGUGCCGCGGGACGAGCUCGACGUGCAGGUCAAGCUCUGGGCCGACGACGUCAGGGACCUCUCAUACAGAAUGGAGGACGCCGUCGACAAGUUCCUGGUGCGCGUCGAGGGCCCCAAGGCUUCUUCCGCUGCCGCCGACAAACCACGCAAGCUCAAACGGCUCAUGGAGAAGAUGGCCGACCUGUUCACCAAGGGCAGGACUCGCCACCAGAUCGCUGACGAGGUCAAGGGCAUCAAGGCCCGAGUCCAGGAGGCAGCUGACCGGCGUGAUAGGUACAAGGUCGAUGAUGUGGUUGCUAGUCCAGCAGGCUCAGCAACGGUUGACCCUCGCCUGAUGUCUCUGUAUAAAGAUCGGAAAGAACUGGUUGGCAUCGACGAGCCGUUGAGCAACCUAACUGAGAUGCUGACUGAGGGGGAUACUGAUGAGUCCAGGCAACUUAAGAUAGUUUCUAUUGUUGGAUUCGGAGGUCUUGGCAAGACUAGUCUUGCUAAAGCAGUGUAUGAUAAGCUCCAAUGA